UCCCACAGUUUCUUUUUUUAAUUUUUUGAUAGACCCCACUACUUCCAUACCAUCCAAUGUAAAACCUCAUUCACUACUUAAGUUGAGCAAACAACUUCACUAACAUCAUAUCAGACUUAAAAGGCAUCACUCAUCGUCAGAGAUUCUCCUAGAUUGAUAUCAAUCUCUUUAAAUGGAGACCUCAGCACAAGGCCCACAAUAGCAAAUUCUCUCAAAAACCUUUACCAACAACACCCUCACCACUCCCUCAAGUCCCAACAACAACAGCAAGAAGUUUGAGGCCAAACAAGAAGAGCAACAAGAUUCAUUAUCACUGGCAGUCAUGAUGAACAAUUCGAACCAACAGCAUAUUGAAGACCACAAAUCCAAGACAAACAAGAACUAUCUUCUCCUUUUGGUGGUGAACUAUGUGUGCCUUUUUUUGGGUUCAACCUCUUCAACUUUGCUCUCAAAGUUCUAUUUCAAUCACAAAGGCUCAAGCAGGUGGGUGUCUACAUGGGUUCAAACUGGUGGCUUUCCUCUCCUUAUCAUUCCCAUUUACCUCCCUUAUUUCCUUAAAUGCACAGAGAGAAAACCCUUUACUCACUUCACUAAAAGGCUCUUAAUCUUAUCAGUUUUCGUUGGCAUCAUGUUAGGCAUAAACAACCUUCUUUACUCAUGGGGAAAUUCCUAUUUGCCAGUAUCAACCUCAUCACUCUUAUUGUCUUCUCAGUUGGUUUUCAAUCUCAUACUCUCAGUUUUGAUUGUCAAGCAAAAAGUCACAUUCUCAAACCUCAAUUGUGUGAUUCUCUUAACCCUGAGUUCUGUGCUCUUAGCCUUGUCUUCUAGCAAUGACAAACCAACCGAUAUAUCUCGUGCCAAAUAUUUCAUAGGCUUUUUUUGUACAAUAGGUGCUGGAUUGUUAUUUGCUCUCUAUCUUCCUGUCAUGGAGAAGAUUUACAAGAAGGUUUAUUGCUACCAAAUGGUGAUGGAAAUGCAACUACUGAUGCAAGUGGUAGCCACAGCAUUGGCUUGUAUAGGGAUGGCAUUUGAUGGUGGAUUUUCAGAAAUGAUGAAAGAAAGCCAAGAAUUGUUUGAUAAGGGACCUACUUGGUACUGGGUCACAGUCUUUUCCAAUGUAAUCACUUGGCAACUAUGCUUUAUGGGCACAGCAGGAAUGGUGUUCUUGACCUCUUCUUUAACAGGAGGGAUUUGCAUGACAGCCUUGAUGGCCAUCAACGUUUUGGGAGGGGUAUUGGUAUAUAAGGAUGAGUUUGGUGGUGUGAAAGUGGUGUCCACUGCACUUUGUUGUUGGGGGUUUUGUUCCUAUGUGUAUGGUUUGUACGUUAAGAUGAAGGAAGAAGGAAAGGAAAACAAAGAGGUGGAGAAAAGUAAUCAUCAUGUAAGAGAGAUGGUUCAUAUGGUCAAUGAUAUUCCUUGAUAAUGAUAAUAAUGUAGAAUGAAAAUCAUCUUGUGGUAAAUGAGAGCUUUGAUAAUAAUAUAUUGUAGAAUGAAAAUCCUAUGUUUUACUCUUAGUG